GAUCAGAUUUUUCAUAUAUUUCUUUAUAUACCCCUAGAUUAUUUUUCCUGUGUGCAUAAUAAAAAUUAUUUUAAAUUAAAAAAUAAAUUCAACUAUAAAAUAAAAGAAAAAGAAGAAAUUCAAAAAAAAAAAAAAAAAAGAGAUGAUACUAUAGAUAAAAAAGAAAUAAAAUAUUUUUAUUAUGCACACAGGAAAAAUAAUCUAGGGGUAUAUAAAGAAAUAUAUGAAAAAUCUGAUCAAUAUAAAAUGAUAAAAUAUUAUGAACAACUAAACAAAGAAAAUAUAAAAAAAAAAGAACAAGAAAAAUUAAACAACACAACAGAUAGUGUUAUUAAAGAGAUUAAUAUAUAUGAAUGUUUAGUGAACAAUAAAUUAAGAGAUGGUUUUAAAAAAAUAAGAGAUCAUAUAUUAAGUAUAGAAAAUAAUAUAAAAAAUGAAGAUUUGUCAAUAAAUAAAAAUAUCACAGAUAAGCAACAAAAUGUAUCUACAAAUGUAUCUACAAAUGUAUCUACAAAUGUAUCUACAAAUGUAUCUGCAAAUGUAUCAUUAAAUGAUAAUAUAAUAAGAAAAAAUAAUACAUGUAUUAAUAAUAAUAUAUUUACAUUUAAUAAUACACAUAUUAUAUAUAGCCCAUUAUUUAAAAAUAAUAUUUUAAAUAUGCUUUUAUCUUUUAUCACUAAUAAUUAUCAAGAUAAUAUGUAUAAAUAUUUAAAAUAUUUUUAUUUUUCCAAUUUUUAUUUUUAUAAUCCUAUAUUUCUUUUUCAUUAUUUUUCUUAUAGCUCAUGUAAUGAAAAUAAAAUAUAUGAAAUAUAUUUAAAGGAAUUUAUAAAGUUUUUAAAUAAUAUUAUUCUACAUUUUCAUUUCUAUUUAUUUCCAUUCUUUAUAAAUAUAAAUUAUUCUAAUAUAUUUUUAAAUUUUUUUAUAAAAUAUUGGAAUAAAACAACUUCAUCACAGAAAGAAGAUAUGACUAUAUAUAGAUAUAACAGCAAUUAUAAAUAUAUUAAAGAUAUUAUAACAUAUACACAGAAAGAACAUGUAUAUGCAACACAAAAUAUAGAAAAGGAAAUAAGCAAAGCAAUGUAUUUGUUCUUACAAAUAUAUUCUUCAGAUACAAUAAUAGAAAAAGCGAAACAUAAAUAUUUAGAAAACCUCUUUUUAUAUGAGACCAAUAAUGAAGAUAUUAUAAAGAAUAAGAGCAAUCAAAAAGACAAGGAUAAUCUUAUUAAUAAAAAGAAAUCAUAUGAUCAUAUUAUAAAUAAUGAUAUUGAAGACAUAUCAUCAAUGGGGAGUAUUUUUUUUAAUUUUUUAAAAUAUAGAGGACUAUUUAAUAUAUAUAAAACGGAUAUAAAAAAUAUGAACAUCCACAAAAAAAAACAACAAGUCUUCAACAAUAUAAUGAUAAGUAAUAAUAAUGUUAUGAAAAAAAAUAUAAAUAAAAAUAAAAUAAAUCAAAUAAAUCAAAUAAAUAUAAUUGAAGGAUGUGAUAAAUAUGAAGCUUAUGAAUAUAAAUCUGAUAAUAUUUCAAAUACAUUGGAAGAAAAUAAAAAUUUUUUAAGUACUCAUAAAAAAUAUUUGAGAGACAAUAGUAUGGUUUCUCCAUGCAUUUAUGAUAUUUUUGACAAAAUGAAGAUAACAAGACGUAUGAAAAAAAAAAAAAAAAAUGAAAUGACAAAAAAUAUGACUUCAUGUUAUAAUGAGAAUAAGUAUGAAUAUGAUAUGUUAACAUAUUAUAUUGAUUCAUCUAUAAAAGAAAAAAAAUAUAUAAACAGUAAAAAAAAUGUGGACAAUAUGAAUAAUAUAAACAAUAUGAAUAAUAUAAACAAUAUUUAUAAUAUGUAUAAUAUAUAUAAUACAUAUAAUGUAGAUAAUAAUAAUAUAGAUGAAAUGAAAAAAAAAGAAGAUCAAACACAGUUGAUUAUAUUAAAUGAUGCGAAUUUAAAAUAUAAUAAUAUAUGUAUUAAAAAGAAAGAUAUAUUAAAUAAUUUUCUUUUAUUGUGUAAAAUGAAUAUGUUUGAAUGUAGUCAUUAUAUGAAUAAAAUAAUAUAUUUUUAUUUGAAUGAAUAUAAUGAUAAAGAGUUAAUAAAUAUUUUGAUAAGUCACUUUAAAAUAAAUAAUAAUAAUAUGAAUAAUAAUAUGAAUAAUAAUAUGAACAGUAAUAAUAAUAAUAUGAACAGUAGUCAUAAUAAUAUGAACAGUAGUCAUAAUAAUAUGAACAGUAGUCAUAAUAAUAUGAACAGUAGUCAUAAUAAUAUGAACAGUAGUCAUAAUAAUAUGAACAGUAGUCAUAAUAAUAUGAACAGUAGUCAUAAUAAUUUUGGAAGUGUUGUUAAUACAAAUGAUAUAAAUACUUAUAAUGUAUCUAUAAAUAAUAAUAAAAAUAACAUGUGUGUAAAUAAUUCAAGUAUACAUAUCACAAAUAUGAAUACACAAUUUAUAAAUAAAAAAAAUGAUGAAUGUCAUUCUAAUCAUGAUCUCUUACUUGUUAAUAAAAUAUUAAAUAUUUUCAUAUACAAAAAAAAAUUCAUUUCUUUAAAUAACAGCAUUAUUAUAUCAAACUUACUAGCUAAACAACAGCUUUAUAAUAAUAACUUUUUUCGUUUCUUAGAAAAAAAUAAUUUCAUAAAUGAAAUAAAAGAUUGUAAUAUGCAUUCAUUAGUAUCACUUAUAUAUUCAUUUGGUAAAUUAAAAAUGAAAAAUAUACAUUUAGAUUUAUAUAAAAGUAUGAUAAAAGAAAUUAUUUAUAAUAUCGACAAAAUUAAUGAAUAUGGAUUGUCAUGUUUACUUUAUGGUUUAUAUAAUUUAAUAGAUAAAAAAAAAGAAAGAAAUCUUACUAUUAUAAAUUAUGAUUAUUAUCUAAAAUCUAAAAAGGAUCUUAUAGCAUUCAAUAAACGUGUAAAAUAUUAUCAAAACAAAAAUUAUAAUAAAUAUUAUAAUCCUUCUAAUCAUAUACAAAAAUUAAAAACAGCAAACAAUAAUUUAGAUAAAAAGGAUAUGCUACAUAGGAAUGAUGUCAGCAUGAGUCCAAAUAAAAAUCUUGUGGCAAGUCUUUAUAAUAAUAAUAAUAUAAAAAAGGAAAAUCAUAUGUGUAAUAAUAAUAGUAGAGAUAACCACAAUAUUUUAUAUAACAAUAUGCAUGAUAAUAAAAAUGAUAUUGUGUCGACUUCCCCUCUUUUGAAUGAUCAAAAAAAUACAAAUGAAAAUAUAAACGAGUUAAAUGAAAUAAGUAUACUUGAAGAUACUUUGAUAAAAGAAAUUAUAAAAAAAUUAAUUCUUUUUAAAAAUAUGAAUAUAAAUUCUUUUUGUAUAUCUAUUUCUUGUUUGUCAAAAAUAAAUAUAUACCCCAAAGAAUUAUAUGAAGAAAUAAAAGAUGUAACAUAUAAAUAUAUGAAUAGUGUCAAUGUGACAUCUUUACAACAUUUAUCUUUAGCUCUAGCAAAAUAUUAUAUAACAAAUAGAAACGAAAACAAAAUUGAUAAUAUAAUUUAUGAUAUAUAUGAUUAUUUGUUUAUUUAUAAAAUUGCAGAUAUUUCUUUUAAAUGUGCUUGUAAGUUCUUAUACACAUUAGGAUUAUUAAAUAUAAGAAACGAAAAUUAUAUAUUAAUAUUACUUAUGGUUAUAGCAAAUGAAAGAGGUAUAUUAAAUAAUGUGCAUAUACAAGAUAAUAAUAAAAAUUAUGAUCGUCUUAAUAAUAUGAAUUAUAAAAAUGAAUAUGUAAAGAAGUUAUAUUAUCAAACAGGCAAAAAUAAUAUAUAUAAUAACAACAAAAAAGAAAAUAAUAAUAACAACAAAAAAGAAAAUAAUAAUAACAACAAAAAAGAAAAUAAUAAUAACAACAAUGAAGAAAAUAAUAAUAACAACAAUGAAGAAAAUAAUAAUAUAAGUUUUAAUAAUAAAUUUAUUAAUAUGUUAAAUAAUAAAUUGGUAGAUCCUAAUUAUAAGGGUAGAUUAAAUUCUUCAUUAUAUAAAUCAAUAGAUGUAUUAAAAAAAGACGAAUAUUUUAAAUGUUAUUAUAAUUCUUAUUUAUUUUUUGAUUUGCCCAAAUAUAAAUUAAAUAUAAAUAAUAUAUUAUUAAAUUUUUCAAAUGUUGAUAAUAGUUAUUUAAUUAAUGUUUUAGAUGCCUUAUAUAAUUUAUCAUAUUAUUCUUAUUUCUCUAUACAUAUAUGUGUGAUUAUCAAAAAUAUUUUAAUAAAACAGAUACAUGACAUGAAGGUUUCUAGUAUUAUGUCAUUGUUAUAUUCAUAUGUCCAUUUACAUUUCUAUGAUUAUUCAUUAUAUGAUAUUGAAAAUGAAAUAUUUCUAUUAGAAGAUAUGAAUAAUAAUACUACUACGAAGUCUGACUCUUCACACAAUAAUAAUAAUAAUAAUAAUAAUAAUAAUAAUAAUAAUAAUAAUAAUAAAAAUAAUAAUAAUUAUUAUUAUUGUCAUAGUAGUGAUAAUUUAAUAUGUAAUGAUAAGAACAAGUCAAUGACCCAUUUUAAUAAGAAUAAUAUAAUAACAAAUAACCAUUCUACAAAUAAUUCUUAUGAAUCAGAUCAUAUAAAAAUUAAUAACUUACAAAAUGAAUAUAAUAAAGUAUAUAAUUGUUUAUUAAAAAAUUUUAUAAAUUUAAAUGAUCAAGAAAAAAGGAUAUAUGUCAAAAAAUUGAAGUCACUACUUUCUGAGAUAAAAAAUAUUAAUAAAUUUUAUUAUGUUAAAAAUAUUUAUAAUAAUAUAAAUGAAAACAUCAGUACGGAAUAUAUUUUAUCUAUGAUACAUGAUUAUGAUCAAAGUAAAGAAAGAAUAAAUAUUUAUAAAGAAAAUUUAAGUAUUACAAAUAAUAUUAAUAAAAAAAAAAAUUAUGAUGUUCAUGAUCAAAAUAUUAAAUAUAAAAACAAAAUAGAAAUAAAUGAAUCACAUAACAAUAUAUCUAUGUUACAAACUUUUAAGGUUAAAGACAAACAUAUUAAUAAUAUUAAUCAAAUAAAUAAAGAUAAUUUAUUACACAGUUCGUCUAUAAAUCCAAAUUGUCAAACCAAUUAUAAAUUUCAAGAGAUAAAAAAUAUUGUAGAUCAGUUUGGCUCUUUUAUUAAAAAAGAAAAAUUAAAAAAGGGUCAGACUAGUAAUAUAAAUGGAGAUUUAUCUGAUGAGAGAAAUAUAAAUGUACAUAUAAAUUCAGAUAAUGAUUUCUCUUCCUAUCAUCAUAAAGAAUCAGAUGUGUCUUCCUCAAUAUGUGAGAAAGAAAAAAAAGAUUAUGUGGAUGACAAUAUCUUAAUUGAAGAAAUUAGAAGAAAAGAAUAUUAUGAUGAGUUUUUCAUGUUAAAACAUCGAGAAUAUUACAAAGAAGAUUUACUCAACUUAUGUUUAGAAACCUUAUUAAAAAAUACAAAUUAUAUUUUAAAUAAUUAUAAACAAUAUAAAAACACGAGUAUCUUUUUUCUUACCCUUUUUUAUAAUAUUUUCUUACCAUAUACAAAUAAUGAUAUACUAAUAUAUUUAAAUACAAUCCAACGAAAUUUUGCAUUAUAUAAUAAUAAUAAUAAAAUGAUAGAUGAUAAUCCUUUUGAAGAGAUUUUAAAAAAUAUCGAAUUAUUAAAUUUUAAUGAUCAUAUUAUUCAUAACGUAAUAACAUCCAAAAAUUUAUCUAAUAUUAUCAUACCACGUGUUCAUAUAUUACAACACGAUAAUAACUUUUUAAAUAAGGCUAUUCACCUCAAGAGUAUUUAUAUGAAAGAUAAUAUGUCAGUAAAUAUAAAUAAAAAUAAUUACAAUAAUUAUAAAGAACAUAAUACAUAUACAAAAUAUAAUAGCCCAUAUCAUGAUUCAUCUUAUAUCUCAUCUACAAAGAAUGAACAAAAUAGUUACAAUGAUUAUGAUGAAUUUUUAAAUAAUUAUAACACAGAUUUAAAUAUGAAAAAAAUAAAUCUAGAAAAAAUAGUCCCAUUGAAUUUACUUUAUAAAUUUUUUCAGCUUUUUAAUUUCAACAUAAAUAACAUACAACUUAUAUAUUUAUUAAAUGAGAUAUAUAAGGAAAAAGAUCUAAAUGGAAAUGUGGAUAUCCAACGGAUAUUAAUACAAAGUGAAACAAAUGAAAAUAUAAAAAAUAUAGACAAUACAAAUAAUAAUAUUAAAAAUAUGAACAGUAAUAUCAAUAUGAAUAAUACAUAUCGAUUUAAAAACAUAUCAUGCCCAUUAAUACAAAUAAAAAAUAAAACAUUAAUUAUUCAAAAAAAUGACAAAAAAUUUUAUUUUAAAAACUUCAACAUGAUAGAUCAUUAUUUCAAACCAGCACGAGGAUUGAUAAUAAACAUAUUAGAUCAAAAUAAAUAUAAUUCUUUAUUUAUUUAUGUUGAUGUUUAUAUAGUUGCCUAUAAAGUUGAUAUAAUUAUUGAAAGAUUUAAUAGCUAUAACUAG